UAACAAUUAAAGCUUGCCAAAAAGCUACGCGCUACAGUGUUCACUAAAAGUCGCGGAAAAAAAGCUUAAAAAUCAAACUAGCGGAGCUACAAUACAUGACCGCCAUGAAAGACAAUAGACUCACCACCGCCGAUCGCCGGUUCCUGCGCAGCUUGCUGACCGAUCUAAUCAUCUUCAUAGUGCUCGGCAUACCGAUCCUUAUAUGCGAGUUUGUGCUUGAACCGUUUCGUCGCGGCUUCUUCUGCGACGACGAGUCGAUACGUUAUCCUUUUCGUCCAAAUACGAUAACCACUGUCAUGCUCGGUGUAAUUGUUUUGGCUGUGCCGGCGUUGAUAAUGCUUCUAGUCGAAUUAACACUCUUCUAUCGUUGCGAUCGCAUACGUGAAACGGUGCUGCUGCUCGGCUACAAAGUGCCCGCGUGGCUGGCGGAAUUCGCGCAGCAUGCGCUUUACUUUACCUUUGGUGGCUUACUCACGUUGGAGGCGACGGAGAUCGGCAAGUUCACAAUUGGACGGCUGCGUCCACAUUUCAUUAGCGUGUGUCAGCCACAGUUGAGCGACGGCAGCAAUUGCGAGUCGCCACAGAAUCUGCAUCGCUACAUUGAGAAUUAUAUUUGUGUGGGCAGCGGCUAUACGUCGGAAGACGUGUGGCAGGCGCGUCUCUCCUUCCCCAGCGGUCACUCGAGCUUGUGCUUCUUUGCGCUCACUUAUGUCGCCAUAUAUCUGCAAUACAAGAUCACCUGGCGCGGUUCGAAAUUGACGCGGCAUUUUCUGCAGUUCACACUCGUAAUGUUGGCUUGGUUCACGGCGCUGUCGCGCAUUAUGGACAAUUGGCAUCACUGGUCGGAUGUGCUGUGCGGCGGUCUCUUGGGUCUUGCAAUGGCCUUGAUUACCGCGCGUUAUAUAACAAAGGAAUUUAAGACACCGCAAGCGUGCUUGCGCGUGGAGCUGCCGCGACAGGAUACGUGCACGACAUUGAACGAGAUCGUGCCGACGCCGCCACCGUAUACGUUGGGACAUGACGUCGAUGGCAGCAUGCCGUCGCUGCAACGGGCGAGCAAUGGCAGCAACACGCAGAGCUUCAGUAAUGAGCAGUAUUGCUCGAAAGUGUGAUUUUUGGUGGAGGCAGUUGGGGAAGCGGAGUAAUUUUAUACUUGUGAUAGUUAUUAACUAAGUGGUUGAAAUAUUGUUAAGUGCUGAUAACGUAAAGUGCGAUUUAAUCAGCAAACAAUGAAUAACAACUACUUGAAAAACUGAAACCGAAUGAAGUGUGAGUGGGAACAGUUUUUAAAAUUAAGUUGUAAUAUAAGCGUUUAAUGUGUUGCAAGUCAUGCUUAGAUUAUAGCAUAUGCAAGUUGAUUAAAAGUAUGUAAAAGUGAGAACAGUUUUGAACAUGUUAUGCAACCCACACUUGCCAGCAAACAAUUGUAGCUGGAAAGCUUUAAAUGUUAGCUAUUGUGAAACGUAACUAUACUACGUAUUAAGUGGAUUUAUUGACUUCUUUCAGUAUUUUAAUAAAGUUAAGAGUAUUUAAAUGUCAUAUUGUAAGAAAGCGCCAGAGAACAUGAUUGUAACAAAGGCAAAUAAAAGUGGUAACUAUUUAAAAUCAAUCUAAAUCAGCCAAAUUAAAAGUACGGUGCAUUAAUUAAGAAUAAUUUCCAAAAAAGUUGCAUUAAGCAAACUGGGAACAGUUUAAAAUAAAUGUUUAGCACUCAAAUUGAGUUUUGUCGGGUUAGUAUGAAAAUUUUUUUAAUUAGAAGGAAAUAAGAAAACUGGGAACAGUUAAAUUUUUUGCUGAAGACAGUUAAAAUUUCAAAAGCACCAUUAAUCGAAGCACUAAUUAGUAUAAUUUUUACAAUAUCCGUACUAACCAAACUGGGAACAGUUUAAAGUAACUGAAAAUCAGUCAAAUUAAAAACUCUUCGAGUUAAUAUACAAUAACAUGAAAGAAAGCUGAAUUAAGUAAACUGAGCACAGUUUCAUUAGCACUGAGAACAGUUAAAAUUUGAUAACCAACCAUAAGCUAAGUAAAAAAUACAAAAUAAUAGAUACUAAAACCAAAGAUCUUUUAACUUUUAAGAAAAAAACUUAAAUAUUACUGCAAAAGUAAUUGUUUUUACAAAACUUUACUAAAUUCUAUCACAGCGCUUAAGAAAAAGUAUAGUACCAAAAUAAAUGUUUAUUGCAAAACGCAAAACAAAGCAGAUUUUAUUGUCAUUUAUUAUACUUAUACACAAAACCAUCGAUUUCUCAGUUUUAUUAUUAAGUUACAAUGUAUUUAAAAACGUAUACCUAAUUUCCGCCGUCUCAGUAUAAGUUCCACAUAAAUUUGCGUGUAUAUGUGCGCACGUUUAUAUGAGCCAUAGCUUUAAUUUGAUAACUUAUUAAAGUAAAUUGCAGUUCAGUUUAAAUCAGCAGUUUUGUCGUUAUUUAUAAAAUUACGUUUAAGUAAUUAUUUAAUAAUAAAGCAAAAACAAUUGAUGUUGAAA